AUGAGCAAGUUCCAUUGGAAGACUCAGGCACAUUCUCAGUACUUCAUAUGCUGUGAUCAAGAAAGUAGUGGCCAGCGAGUCUUCAAAAUACACAGCUCUGGAGAGAUUAUUCUUGUGGCAGCAUUUGCAUAUUACUGCAUUGGGUUAUGGUGGUUCUACCCAGAGAAUACCAAGAUAGUAGUAAACACAGCCACGCCCACCACCUUCUGCUUUGUAAAUGUGGACUAUUGGUUGCAAAUGAUCGUGUACAUUGCUAUUGGGUAUGGCACUAUUUUAGUACAACCGAUAGUGUUAUUUUCCCUUGGAAUCCUGGAUGUGGUAUCUGAGUACAUACCUGACCACUAUGAAGUUUCGUAUACAUGUUCGAAAAGAAGAUGA